UUUCUUGUUGCAAUGAGCAGCGCAACGUGAGGGUGGCAGCAGUGGGAAUACUUUCCCAACAAUAUAGCAAACACAGUGUGUGAUAUCGAUGUUUCAGCAGCCUGUCUGGGAAUAGUGUAUCGCGCAAGCGAAGGAGUACGUGGCAGAAUUAUCGGCAUAUCCUCAGAUUUGGCAUGUCUGUAGCUAGCUGAGCGAUCUUUCGUACUACGCGCGACGACUAGACAGAGAGCCAGGAUGGAGCAUCUUUUCUAAACAGCCCUCGCGCUAUCUGCUGCGGUUGAAGUGGUGUGGGACCGAUGAACGUGUCUAUACGCUGACUUUCUAUGAAUGAAGCGUUUGGUGUUUUCAGACCAGGCAUAAACGUUUUGUAAUUCAGAGAGAAAGGAUGAUAUUGGUUUCGACUGCAGUUCGCAACAAACCCGGAUACAAGAGCGGAAAAAAAGUGCCGUACCACAAGCAGUGUCGACUUACUUUGGAAACGACAGAACACUCAGAAGUCCCCCCCCCGAGUUUCAUUACAACGGCGCUUGUACCCCCUGGCCCUGGACUGCUUCAACUGUUGGGGGAUCUCACUGAGUGACCAUUGAUGCUGCAUCUCAGGGUUGCUGAGCCUAUGCGAGAGUGCGAGUACAGCCAGAUCAGCACUCGCAGCUCGACCCCGAUGGAGACUCCAUACAAGAAGAGGACCCCAAAGAGGAGGAAGUGGCAAGCCUUCCCUGGGCGGAAUAAAUUUUACUGCAAUGGGAGGAUCAUGAUGGCCAGGCAGACAGGGGUCUUCUACCUUACCCUUGUCCUAAUUCUCAUCACAAGUGGACUCUUCUUCGCUUUUGACUGUCCGUUCCUGUCGAUGCAGAUCACGCCAGCCAUCCCAGUGAUAGGGGGGGUGCUGUUUGUCUUUGUGCUGGGGACUCUCUUCAGGACCAGCUUCAGUGACCCAGGGGUCCUGCCCCGAGCAACGCCCGAUGAAGCUGCUGACCUGGAGAGACAGAUCGAUGUAGCCAACGGUUCCAGUUCGGGUUACCGGUCGCCCCCCAGGACGAGAGAGGUGGUCAUCAAUGGGCAGACUGUCAAGCUCAAGUACUGCUUCACCUGUAAGAUCUUCAGACCACCGCGUGCCUCUCACUGCAGCCUUUGUGACAACUGUGUCGAGCGUUUCGACCACCACUGUCCGUGGGUGGGGAACUGUGUUGGGAAGAGGAACUACCGUUUCUUCUACAUGUUCAUCCUCUCCCUCUCCUUCCUCACCAUCUUUAUCUUCGCCUUUGUCAUCACACACGUCAUCCUGCGUUCCCAUCGAUAUGGGUUCCUCAACACACUCAAAGACAGUCCUGCCAGUGUUCUGGAGGUGGUGGUGUGUUUCUUCUCUGUCUGGUCCAUAGUGGGGCUGUCUGGAUUCCACACGUACCUGAUCAGCUCCAACCAGACCACAAACGAAGAUAUCAAGGGCUCGUGGUCGUCUAAAAGAGGGAAAGGCAAUUAUAACCCUUACAGUUACGGAAACAUAUUCACCAACUGCUGUGCAGCGCUGUGUGGACCCCUACCACCCAGUCUCAUCGACAGAAGAGGCUUUGUCCAAUCAGACACGCCGCAGCCCCUCCCGCCAACCAAUGGCAUCACCAUGUACGGAUCCACCCAAUCACAGAGCCACAUGUGUGAUCAAGCCCAGUGCAUUCAGAGCACCAAAUUGGUUUUGCAGGCUGCUGCCACCCCCCUGCUGCAGAGUGAGCCGGUCAUCCUCACAGACGAGGCGUUUCUACCGGGCAGAACAUCAUUAGGGGGUCCCUGCUCUGGAGCCCUGCCGCUGGGGGGUCAUCCCACACCCCCUACCUCCACCCCCAAACUCAGCUGUGACAACGACAUGCUGCCUUUCCGGAACGAGCAAAGCAACGGGCUACGACACCACCACACGGACGGGGGCCACCACCACUUCCUCACGCCCGAGGAAGCUCCCUCGCCACCGGGCAUGCUCCCCUGCGGCAGUCCCCUGGGACACAGCCACACCAUACAGGGCUUCUACAACCCAGCCAGCCAGGACUCUCUACACGAGGACUCUGUCAGAGGCCUGGUCAAACUCAGCUCUGUCUGACAUGGGGUUCACUCAAACAUCCCUCCGUCCCCUAAAACGCUCCUCCCUUCCAUCCACACCCGUGCCAAACAGUGGGUCGCCCCAACCCUGAAUGCCUGUAACCAAUAUCGUCUCCGUCCACUAAAAUCACAGGACUUGAGCCUCUAAAAGACUGGUACUAUUUGGGAGCAGAACUGACCUGAACUGGGACCUUCCCUCCCCAGCCAACAACUUGCCAAACCUCUGCAUCAUAAUGGGGGUUGUUGCUGGUGAAGGGCCCAGGGGACUUAUUAUUCUAAACAGUCACAAACGUACUGUUUUCUACUGAAGCAUAGUCCGCUCUCCUGGGAGGGGGACAGAGGAGGAAAAACAGAAGUGGUAGGUGUAUGGCUGUCUGUCAGCUAUUUUAAAGUAAAGAAAGUGUUGUGACAGCUGUUCCUAAAUAUAUUAAAGAAAAGCUGCUUUAUUUCUGUCAGGAAUCACGAUUCUGGCAUUUUCUUUUCUUUUUUUGUACAACGGACUGUGGCCUACUCGUUGAUCACUAAUGAACAGUGUCAGCCUUUCUGAGGAGAUUCCGGUUGAUAGUCGACAGUGCAAUCAGUAAACAAGAGUUAGUGUCAUCGUGUUGCUAGCCUUAGUGGAGUUGCCAACGACCGGAUGUAUCCGGUUUUCAGGGAUCCAGCUAAUUCACCCUAGCUUCCUUUUCCGCUGAAAACCAGAUGUGGAAACUCCACUCAGGCGUUUUCUUUUAUCCCUGCUGCGUUAGGUUAUCAUGUUGCAUAUCAUACAAUUAUUUUUAAAUUCCAUGUUAAAAAGAUUUGGUAUUGUGUUGUGCCAUACUAAGGUAAAAAAUGUUCUCCUCACAUUAUACUUCCUGUGGAUAUAUUAAUAAAAUCACAUAUUUUUAAGGUA